CCUUUUGGGAAAAAAUAAACAAAAACCGUUUCGCGGCACUCAUUUCGUGGCAAGUUGUUUUACCGCAAUCAUUCGGCAUUCAGCACUGACAGCGGUCGGUUACGGUGUAUCAGUAGGGCACAAAAGGUAGCGUUACGGAAGGUCGUUCGCGGAGUGUAGCGUUCUGCAUCAUUGCGUAUUGUUUGUGUUUAUCACUUGUGUUCGUUUUAUCCUUUAGAAGAUCACAGCGAAAGGCGUGUUGAAAGGGCAAAUAGGGGGAAAAACUGCCCAGCUCUACUUUUCUGUGUUUUGAUCGAACUGUCGGAAUCUCGGUUUAUCUCGCAGCACGCUUUGAUUUGUGCGUUGGUGAAGUGGUUUGUUCAGAGUGAGUGACCCAUUGGGUGGAAGACUAGCCGGUGGAACGGUGCAUGCUACUGGUGAAUCUGUGUGUUGGAGAUGGAACACGAAAAUGGACAGUCAUAAGAACGUCGGCCCGGAUGUGUGUCGCAUUCGUCGACUGUCACGGACGAAUAAGGUCCAUCAGUGCGUUCACUUCUUGUGUGUUGAUUCAUUAGCAGUUUGAACAGCGGAAACAAGCGACCGGUGCGAGUUGAUCUUCUAUUAGUGAUUUCAUAAGUAGAUACGUACGAAUAUAAUUGGUUCUUUAGUGAAAUAUAAUAUUUUCUAACCACAUUCCACAACAGCAAAAGGGCAAACGUGCACAAGAAUUGUAAAGCAAUGUAAUUACCGGAAGCCAGUGAAUUGAUCUCGCUUUCGUGUCGCGAUCGCAAAAAGUGCCGCCAGUUUUGUGUCAAUUGUUUACAACACUCUAGAAGUGUGCUAGGGUAGUGUGUUAAAGUAGCAUAAGAAUAUAGUGUACCAGCUUCCCCACCAUGACGGUAACUUAUACAGCAGAAGUGGCCACCUGCCGUGGUUUCGGUUGCUUCCUGAAGCUGCUCGUGAGAUGGCGCGGUAGUAUCUAUAAACUAGUAUGGCUGGACCUAACGUGCUUCCUGCUUCUAUACUACGUGCUCAACGUUACCUACCGCCUCGGAUUAUCAGAGGACCAAAAACGGAUAUUCGAGGAAAUCGUCAAGUACUGCGCUACGUACAGCAAUUUGAUUCCGCUUUCGUUCGUGCUCGGUUUCUACGUCACCAUCGUAAUGACGCGCUGGUGGAACCAGUACACUAGCAUACCUUGGCCGGACCCGAUUGCCGUCUUUGUCAGUGCCAACAUUCACGGUCAGGAUGAACGGGGCCGUGUGAUGCGCCGUACAAUUAUGCGUUACGUCUGUCUCUGUCUGACGAUGGUGCUGACGAACAUUUCACCACGGGUGAAGAAACGCUUCCCGACCAUUGAACAUCUGGUGGAGGCCGGUCUGUUAAACGAGAAUGAGCAUACCAUCAUGACCCAUCUGAAUCAGAAGUUUCCACGUCAUUCGAAGCACUGGUUGCCGAUCGUGUGGGCGGCAAGCAUUGUAACACGUGCCCGCAAGGAGGGCCGUUGCAGGGAUGACUUCGCAUCCAAAACGAUCAUCGACGAGCUGAACAAGUUUCGUGGCCAGUGUGGGCUGCUGAUCUCGUACGACACGAUCAGUGUGCCGCUUGUGUACACGCAGGUGGUAACGCUUGCCGUAUACAGCUACUUCCUUACCUCGGUCAUGGGACAGCAGUGGGUGGAAACGAAGGAACUCGGCGAGGGUGUGGUGAACAAGAUCGACCAGUACUUCCCGAUCUUCACCACGCUGCAGUUUUUCUUCUACAUGGGCUGGCUGAAGGUGGCCGAAUCGUUGAUCAACCCGUUCGGCGAGGACGAUGACGACUUCGAGGUGAACUGGAUGGUCGAUCGGAACCUGCAGGUGUCCUACCUGAUCGUGGACGAGAUGCAUCACGAGCAUCCGGAACUGCUGAAGGAUCAGUACUGGGACGAGAUCUUCCCGACCGAGCUGCCGCACACGGUGGCGUCGGCGGAAAUACGCGAGGAACCACCGCAACCCUCAACAGCGGACAUCGUGGUGAAGAAAAGGGAGGCCGAAGUCAUCCCGGUGGUCCCGACGGCCGUCCGCAUCGAUGAAAUGGUCGGUAAACAGAACCAAGCGGUUGAGUAUAACUUCCCCGCGAAUCCCAACGACGAUGAGAUGGAUGAUAACGUAAGUGGUAUACACUUUAAUACGUACGAGAAACCGAUCUAUCGUGGUGGCAGCUCAGCCACUAGUCUGGCUAGUGUGGCUGGUACGAUGUCCCGUGUGAACACGGUUACCUCAGCGCUCAAACGGUUCUUCAGCAAGGACGAAUCGAGCCGUCCGAACAGUGCCACUCCGGAUGCGACCGGAACGGUACCGUUCAAGUUUCCUGGUUCGGCCAGCUCGAACAAUCUCGCCGGUGGCCGUAUACCCGACCGGGCAAUGGGUAGCAUGCGCAUUACGGAUCAGGUGAUCGAAGAGGUAGACGAACAGCUAACCAUCACAUCGAUGCAGGGCAACAAUGAUGCUCGGCCAACGGCGGCCAGUUUGUUCGAGCAUGGGCCACCGAAACCCAGCGAACCGGUCGAUGUACCGCAGCAAGCUUACAACCGGACCCAAUCCUCAGUGGCCCAUGGAUUCCAUUCGCAACUGACACCGCCCGGUCCGGACUCGAUGCUUUCGGCUUCAGCACCGGAAACGGGCCGAUUCGAACACAACUAUGUACCAUUGAGCCCAACCGAUCCGGAUGCCGUCCCGAUGGUUGCAUCCUCAACCGCACUCCGCGGCAUGGUCGAUGAAACGGACCGCGUGACUACAACGUUCGAGAGUGAGGAAACGGAAAAGGAACAAUUGCAACGAAAGACACGUUUGUUGGCACGUUCGAUUAGCAAGCAGGCUGUACUGGGGCUGAUCGAUGCUGACAUGCUGCUCGAUGAGCUUACCAAGAGUACCGGUGAUCUGGAGGGGUCAGAAAAGAAAGCCCCGCAAAGCACGCCCGAUGGUCCGACUUCCGACAGCAACAGUAAUGUCGAUACGACGUUAUGAUUCUACGUGUCCGAUGCGGACGAAAACAUCAUCGUUGUCAACGUGAAAGAGGGUAGUGCCGAUAGGUAGCAGAUCUAGCACCAUUUAGUGCAUCUUCCCGUGCGCGGAUGGAAUUGGAAUUGAACGCUAUCGUCCAUUUCGGUUCGGAAUGCACAACUCUCUCGAGGCACGUACCCUACACGAAAAAAGGAAUGAAUCACUAAAUCUCUCUCACACACUUUUUCCCUCACACACUUCCGACGGAUAGUCGUACAAUGUUUUAAAAGAAACGAAAGUUGUACCAAUACGUUCCAUUAGUACCGUAAGCUUUUACCUAUUGCCGAUGGUGUAAAGCGGCAGCAGAAGUAGCAGCUGCUGUUGGAAGCUGUUGGUAAACCUCCCGUAUCUCAAUAAUCGUUAAUCGUACAUGCUGUAUGGUCGCAAAUGUGAUGAAAGUGUUUUAUUUCCAGCAGUAUUUUGCUAUUACCGAGCGGUAAUUAUACUAAAAAAAAGCCCUAGGCUAGCUAGAAUACGCACAACGUGCUUACAACGGUUGCAGGUGAUGCAUUUUUAGGUUGCCUUACAUGUUGAUGCAAAGUUUUCGCUGCUCGUGUGUAGAAUGAACAUCGUGGCCUACGCAAACAGAUGCGCCUUAACUGUAUUAGCCUUUCGAAACAUAUUAGAUGCUCGAGAAUGGUGGCCAAUCAGCAGCUAAGCUAUGAAAUAUCGUAUAUUUUAAUAAUUGCUCACGUGUAAAAUAUUAAGUUAUACCAGUUAGGCGCUCUUGAAUGGCGCUACUACAGGAAGGAAACGAUAAAAGACACAUGAGAUUUUUUAAUCAGCUAUGUUAUAAUAUUUACAUGUACAUGAAACGCUAUCGAAUAUUGAGCAUCCAAUUUUAAACGAAAUAAAAAAUCUUCUACUAAUGAGCUAAA